AUGGUCUAUGCACAGAACUUAAGCACACACCCAGGAAGUCCAUCAGGACCGGCAGAAUAUCAGUUUGUACCCGCUCGAUGCAAGGAGCAUCCUGUAGUCGAUCAAGCAAUUAGCGGUUCGUUAAGUUUAUGCAGUUUUCCACCGAAUUAUGUAACUCCAGAUUCGGAAGACAUUAGGGCGGUGAUCAACCACAUUAAAAACUUGAGAUUUGAUUGGGAAAAAAAUUAG